CCGGCAGCUGGGGCAUGCGUCGCGAGGACCCGCCCUCGUCCAGCGGCGUCAGCGUCGGCUCGGGGAGCGGCAGCAGCGGAGUCAGCACCUUGCAGCACCUCUGCAAGCAGUCCUCCGUCAUCAGCAACAUCUCGCCCAAGGCCGUCGGCUCGUCCUACUGCUUCUCGUCGCUGCCGCGCGGCGUGAUGGGCGGCUACAACAGCCUGGGGCGGCCCGCCACGCUCCCGCGUCAGCCCCUGCUCGCCGACGGCUACAGCACUGGAGGGGACAGCAAGCGCAACUCGGACUCGGUGCUGUGCCAGAGGCUGUUCCACCCGCUGCCCUCGUGCGACUCGAGCGUGCACGCGGGCUCGGGCUUCCACGACGUGUUCGAGGCGGUCCGCGACCCCGCCUGCAAGCUCAGGAGCCUCAACGUCAGCAAGUGUCUGCUGGGCGCCGAGGACGCGCUGUGCCUGGGCGAGACGGUGCGCCGCACCGGGUGCCUGGACGCGCUCAAGCUGGAGGGAGGCACACGCCUGGGCGAGGUGCUGCCCGCCGUGCUGGGGGUCGCAGACAACUGCUCCCUGCAGCUGCUCGACCUGGGCUCGCAGCGCCUCGUGCUGGACGACGGGCCCACGCAGCUCGUCUGCCAGUCGCUGGCCAAGAACUCCAGCCUGCGUCUGCUCAGCCUCGAGGGGUGGACCUUCCGCAUCGAGGAGGAGGGCUCGCUGUCGGUGUUCCUGUCGUUCCUGCAAAGCACGUGCAUACGGGACCUGGUGCUGGCCAACUGCCGGCUUCACCUCGCCAUCCACGACGGCCACCUGUCGGGCCUCGGGCGGCACGACGACUCCGUGGCGGAGCUGCUGACGUCGCUGCCCGACUUCGUGUGCCCGGCGGUGGUGUUCCUGCGGCUGGGCGGCUUCCAGGUGACGGUGAACGACCGGAUGGCCCUGCGCGGGCCGCACCUCCUGCCCUUCCUGAAGGGCUUCACCCACCUCAGCGACCUGGACCUGAGCCUGGACAAGAACUCGAGCGCGGGCAACCCGCUCCUGGUGGACGACCGCUCACUCUCCGGGUUCUUCGCCACCCUGUCCAGCUCGUUCCGCACCCUGCAGUCGCUCAAGAUGAGCCACUGGCGCGUGUGCCUGGACGAGGGCGAGCGCACCCUGCGGGCCGUGGGGCGCUCGCUAAGGACCUGCUCGCUCAGCCACCUGGAGGCCGCAGGGCUGGGCGUCACCGACACGGCGCACAAGGCCUCGCUGGAGCACCUCUUCCUGCAGGCGGUGGUCGCCAACCUGAGCUACCUGAGCCGGCUGGGGGUGGCCGGGGUCGCGCUGACCCCGGGCCAGGCGGCCGCCGUGGGCAAGUGCGUGCGCGACCGCUUCCCGGGCACCGCCCUCGAGCUGGGCGCCAAGGACGUGGGCGCGGUGGCCGUCAAGGCGCUGGUGGCCGCGCUCGAGGAGGGCAACAAGGUGGAGGUGGCGUACCUGGGGGGCGCCGCCUGCAGCCUCCGGGUGCAGAGGGUGCUCAAGAGCCACAAGCUCAAGGGCAGGUUCCGUCGAUUCACUUCGCUCAAGGAGUAACCUGGCGAGUCGCUUAUUCCAAUUCUCUCGCCAUUACCAUCACAGGGAAAAAAAACCCAAAUAAUUCAAGGAUUAUUUUUUCAUGUUCAACAUCUUAGCACUCGGUAGGAGUAAUUAUUUGAUUGGAAUGGAAAUCGCAAGUGCUAAACCUUCUGCGGUGGAUGGCGCGAACCAAAGUUUACGACAGAGCCAAAGGGAAAACUUUGUAGUAUUAUAACUGUUAAAGUGGAUUUUUUAACAAGACGAGCUGCAUUUGAUAAAAUUUUUCUCUCGUAGAAAAUCAGGUCCAAAGCCGUGGUUUUAGUACUUUUUUCAAGGUUUUUUUUUUUUCUUUCUUGGGAGACGUUACGUUAUUGCAGUUAAAAAUUUUGGGUCUGCUGAUCAAAUGAUUCGAUAGAAAAUGUAGCUGCUCUGGCAACGAAUUCUAGCAGCGGGCAUGGAAACUAUAUAUUAUUCGUAUCAAGAAAUAUAUUUUGAAAACACAAUUUUUUUUUCAUAGAUUCAUCACACUCUGCAUUAUUUUUAAGAAAUCUACGUUAAAUGUUGUUGAGUGAUUUUUAAUAUUAUAAGUGUAUUUGCAACAUGAAAACAUAUGAUUUUUCUCGUUACCGAGAUUAGAAGUCACGCAUCUCUGGCGAGCACUGAGAGUUCGCUCACACUUUUUUUUUAAUGAUGAUUUUUCUCAUAAAUUUAAGUUAUACCAGAGAUUUAUUUUCAUUAGUACCGUUUACACAUACACAUUAUUUUCUUCCCCAUUCCAGCCCAUAUCUAAGUGUUGCAAAAAGUUUUCUUCUCAUUCCUUUUUGGUCGUAAGUACAUGUAUGAGCACUGACUAUAUUGUUAUCGACAGUAAUUCGAUAAAAUAUUUUAUAGUUGCCAGCUGCAAUAGUGAAUUGUGAUAUCUAUAUAACAGUUGCUUGUUUUGAAUGUGUAUAUUUUAUAGUUUUUUGCAACCAACAAAUUUAGAGGUCAGGGAAAAUACAGGAUUCAUAUAAUCACAUGUUGCUAGCCACUCUGUAUUUUUGAGAGUUUUUCCAGUAAAUUAAUUUUUUUCGCAAGAUAUAUACUCAACUAUUUUUUUGAGCUGUGGUCACAAAUACGAACACUCGUGCGACUUUUAAAUGCUAUUAGAUAUUAUUCAGUAAAUGUUUUUUGAGAACAUUUGGCACGAAUCAUAAAAUGUGAGAGAGGUAUAGAUGCAGAUUCACGUGAAAAGCCCUGAAACAUUGGUGAUGAGAAAAAAAUAAAAUAACAAACUCUGCAACUGAGACACUCGCAAUUUUAAUAAAUAAUUUUCCUAGAAAACUAGCUACUUUAUUUCUUUUCUUUUGGAAAUAUGGUGCUAAAAUUUCAUUCAAAAUGAAUGUUUAAACACCUGAUUUUAUCAAGGGCUUCCCAAGCUCAUGUUAUAUAAACUUACUUUAUUGAUAUGCUCUAAAAAGAGAUUUUUAGUAGUUGUGUGGUUAUAUAUUUUUCCUACAUCACACUAAGACCAUGCCUCAAUUUCAGGAAGCUCCUCCGUUUCUUUCUCAAAAAAUCAUAAAAUUUUACAAAUUCAAGCUUAUUUAUUAUUAGUUUUGAAACCACACAUUAUACAACUAAAUACUAAGGUUAUUUUUAAAGACAUAUGGUAGACUGAUAGUCUUUUUUCUUCUAUGUGUCUUUCUGUUGUGCUUUAAGUUGAAGAAUUUGACAUGUAUUUUUGAAAAUCAAGUCAUUACCGUACUUACUUUUUCCAGUCAUUCAGAUUUUAUUUGCACCUCAAAUUCUCCCGCCUCUCAAAAACUGGCGCUAGGCUCAAAUGCCUGAUUGGCCCGUUAGUAAAUCAGGAGGAUCAGUCUAAGACUUUUACACUUUUGAACGAGGAACAUGAUAGCAUAUCACAAAUGAUAAUGGCUGCUGUGGUUUAAUACUAAAUUCAUAUAUGGCUGUCAUCUAGCACAUACACUGUUAAGAUAAAAAAAAAAACAGUGCCAUAAUAAUGUUACACUGAACAUGACUUUUAUGUUAAAACAUGUACUCAAAUUAUUUCAUUUUAUUUUUUGGUUCAGUAUAGCAUAUAUUAGUUUUCCUAGUAACUUUAAUUUUUAUGUCUUCUAAUAUAAACAUAACAAAUGUAUUUACCUAUUAAAUAUUGGUAUCAUUCAGUUUACUUCUGCCACAGAAAUACUUGAAUUAUGCACUGUAUUAGUAGCCUACAAAGUUUUAGAGAUCAACCUACAAACCUACAAAAAUUAUUUAUUCUUAACUAGCAAAGUUAUUUCUAAAAAUAUUUUUGACACUACUACAGUUAUUUCAACGCAGUCAAAAGAGUUUUAGGUUAUCUCCACCAAAUGUAAUAUUCCUAUUUAAUUUCAGUUUUAUAAACCAGUAGAUAUUAAAGGAACCGAGAGAAAAAUUGAAUAUUACAGUAGGAAAUUAUACACAUUUAUUGUAUGUGUAAAUGACUCAAACUUGUAUUUUUACUUAUUGUGUGUUAGACAAAAGACAUGCCCAGCAAUAACAGCUUAAACCUGUGCGUGUAAUUUUUCUUCGUAUAAAACAUUUUAACUGACAACAUCAGACAGUUAUAUAACAUUGUAUAUUUGGCUCCAUGCAUAUGUAUUUCAAAUCAAAAUGUUGAAAGCUGUGUUUAGGAAGCUAAGCUUAUAUGGACAUUAUAACAUACAAUUUCAUAGUCGUCCUCAAGUAUAAAUGGUUUUAGUCGACAUUUAACAACCAGCCAACUUUGUACAUUUUGUACUGUAUUUUUCAUGUUUAAUAUGUAAACUUUGAGUAAAUGUUGCCAAAAAAAAUUGGUACAUAGUGAAAAUUGAUAAUAAUUACAUGUUUGUUCUUAUCCGGCUUACAUAUUACUCCAUACUUCUAUACAACUUCAUAAAUGGAAAAUGAACUACCUAUGUGAAUUUUCAUGUUUGAUACUUUGUACGGAAUGAAACUGUAUUAAAUUAUUCUCAUCGAAAAUCUGCAAUGUUUAUGCUAAAAAGUUGAAAAAAAUUUUUUGCUGUAAUGUCUUAAAAGCAUAUGGGUAUUGAGUCACGAGAUAUUGUUUGCAAUACAGCUGUUGAAGUAAGCCGUGCACAUUGUAAAUAUUUGGAUGUAAUGUUGUUUUAUUGUUUCAAAGAGACUUUCUGAAAAAACUGAAGGAGCUUGUGAAAGUUCAGCAAUCAGUACGGAAAGAUUAUUCUGCUAAAAUCUGCACUUGGGUAUGAAAACUUGAGGUGUAUCAAGAAACUAAUGCAUAAAUUUUUUUGUGAAAUGCAUUCAAUUACAUCCAAAGAAAGCAUAAAAAAACAUAUCCCUUAACUAAGAUGGCAUAGUUAAGUGUUGUUGCUGCAUCAUUAAGAAUUAAAUGAGUGUGUUAGUUAUCGCAAAAAAUCUGUACAUAUGUGUUUGGAAACUACACACCAACACUCAGAUUGUUUUGAUUUUUUAAAGCAAAUGAUGGAGAUGUAUGUCUGUUAAAACAUUUGUGUGUAAGAAUGGCUUAGUUAAAUAUGUUUAAAAUUGGCAAAAAAAAAAAAUAGUUUUUCAUUACAUAUAGAUCUGAAACGUUCUGAAAUUUUAUUAAUCUCUAAACAUGUAAAUAAUGUUUUGAACUUGUUAAAAAUUUCAUAAAAUACUAUCUACGUUAUGUAUUUAAAAUAACUUCCCUUUCUGACAGUGAAACUUUAGCUUCACAUAGUUUAAAUCUAGGUGAUUGGGUAAAUAAUAAAUCUUUCAUAAUUUUUUUUCCCCAAGAAAUUUAUGUAAUUCAUGUUUAUUUUUCACUACAGUUCCAAACAGAAAUAAUUAAAUGUGAUUUAAUUGUUGUUGAUAUUACGUGGGAUUUGGCAGGAUGAACGUGUUAUGCUCCAUUAAUGUUAUACUUUGGAAUAAAAUUGUUAUUGAAUGUCCAUGCCACUAUACAUGAAUGCAUUUAAUAAACUUUAAGGUGGUUGACUUCCUGAUUAACAUUUCUACUGGAAAAGUAUAGUCAGUGACUGAAGGCCACUUGCGUGUAUUUGUAAAAAAAUAUCAUCCGUGAAUAGCACACAAACCUACAAACGUAUGUUUUAUCCAGUAUCAUUUAUGGUACUUAAAAAUGUUAUGUAUUUAGUGCAUGUAUGCUUGUGAAGUGUGUUAAAGACAGCCGUCACAUCAUGCAAGUAGUAGCUUUCGUAGAAAACUUUAUUGAAAGUGGACUAUGAUGAAAGUGUACCUAAUUCAGUAAAUUGAGGAAGAUUUUACUACGUACAUAGUUUAUGAAAGUAAUAUUAGAGUUUUAAAAUGCUAUACAUAUAUAGUGUACAUUUCAGAGUGUUAAAAAUUUGUGAUAAAAUGUGUUGUUUAUUUAAAGAUAAUGGUCCUAAUAUGUAAAUAUGAUUACGUUGUGAAUGAAUAACUGUUUGAGUUUAUAAGUUUGAGGUACAUGUUAUUGUUGUGCAUUUUACCACAUAGCAGCAUAUCUAAAUGUUAAUAUGUUUGAUAAUGUAAGGAAUAUUUACUACUGAGUAAAUAGUUGCCAUGUAGAUUUUUAUAUUUUGUAUUACUUUAUAAGGUAAAAAUAGGGUUUCAUUUUAGUCUAAGCAGUAUUGCCAUAAUAUUGUAAGUUAUUAGUACCUAUUUAUAUUUAAAAUUAUUUUUAAAACUUUCGGUUUUUAAAUUGCACUAGAAAUAGCAGUUUGUGAUACAAAAAAAUAUUAACGCAAGUAUUUUUUUAGAAAAUCUAUUUUAUCACAAGUCUAAACACAAUAUUUUAUUUUGCCUACAGUAUUGCUGUGGCCACGCUUGCAUCCAAAAUGUGACAUUUUUAUUAGCAGGAUUAAGAAGCCCUUCGCUCUCUCUAACAGUAAAACAAUUUUUUGUUUUUUUUAAGUACAACCAAACUUAUUUGUAUUUUUAGGUCAAUAUUUUACAGCAGGUUGUUCAUGAAAAAUAUUUAAGAACUGAUUUAGUGUCAGAAAUACAUUUUGGUAAUUACUUGCACUGUUGCAAGAACACAGAAGCGCAAAUCUGUAGGAUUUGUGGUUGGGGGGGGGGUGUUUAUCCGAUAUAAUACAAGUCCGAUACAGUGCUCAUGUGUUGAACACUGCCCAUAUUUUAGCCUAUGUAUACAUAUGCAAGUAAUGAACAGAAAACUUUUACGUGUACAGAAAGUUUUCCAUAAAACGUGGUUUUGGCAUUUACGUUUAUCAACCCUGUUUCACACUCACUAUUUCACAAGCGAGGGGCUUCUUAAUUUCAGGGAGGAACUGGGGCCCCCUGCUUUCCCCCCCCCCCCCACACACAACCUUGGAUCUAUGCCCAUGAAAGAACAUAUCAGUGAUUCCCUUCAUAUUAUAAGUUAUUACUGUGUUGUUCAUAAGUCACUAAAUGGCACAAAACCACAUGACGUAAGCAAGCUAUAUAAACAAUUGUGGCUGCUUGGAAAAAUAAAAUACUAUAAUAGUUUAACUGUCUUCUGACUUGCUAGUGUGUAACACAUUUAUCACAUUUUAGCAUGCAGAUCAUUUUUCCAGUCACCAAUCAUGUAAGAUAAUUUUCUUUCCCCCCCAUCCCCUUUUCUUUAAAUAAGCCGUAUUAGUUUGGCAUUGGCUGUGAACUUGUUUAAAAUAAAAAUUAAGAAAUGUAUUUUAAAGAUUGCAUAUUGUAUUUAUAGAUAUGUUGUUGAUAUUAAAUUAUAUAUGAAAAGGUUAACUGUUUGCUUCAGUCUACAAAACAAUGGACCCUAAAUAACAUUUAGCGGUGCCCGAAGUUUCCUAUGUUGUAGUUAUUAAAAAAAAAUUAGUAAUAGCAUAUACUGAUGUAUAAUUUUUACAUAAAAAUUAAUGAUUUUCUUACAAAACAAACAAAAAUGAAAAACUGGUUCCAUACAUGCGCUUGAAGAUGUUCAGCCAAAAAGAAAUUUUGUAGACCAGGCAGUAAACUGUAUUGCAUUGCGAUGCUUAAUAUUGUUGCUUGAUUAAUUGUGAGUUUUACCUGUUCCAUGCCACAUGUGUGCUUGGUGUCAACACGUAAAUACACACAAUCUCUUUACAUCUGCAGAGAUUACUACA